AUUGCAGACCAUUUCGAAAUCUUCACCCACCCUCAACAACGACCUACAUGCUUCUUAAAAUGAAGGUCUUGAUCGUCAUUGCUGCCCUCGCCACUCUGCUGAUGCCCGUUCACGGUGCUCUCAGACAGUGUGCUGGAACACGUCCUGACAACAGAUAUGAGAGCUCUGGGUACUUGACCGCCGACUUCACCCAGAAAGCUUGCGAUGCGUCAGGCGGUUCGAUCGAUCCGAGCAGGAAGGGCAACCAGAAGUGCUGCAACGUUCCCGAUACCCGCCAAGGCGCUUUUAACGAUUCUUGCAACGGACAAAAGUCCGACAGAUUCCCGAACUACCGUCCCACUGCUCAGCCGUGCUAGAUGGAAACAUGCGGGAGAUCUGGGCUGCUGGGCAUACCAUUAUAUGCCUCCAUUGUGGGGAGAACUUCGUGAUAGAGAAAUAUAGCCCUAUCACGUCGUAAUGACAAUAGAUUCACUUCUUUUGCUAUCCAAA